GGUAGCCCCGCCCCUCGCUCACGCAGCGAUGCGGAAAAGCAGCCCGGUAUCGUCUCCGCCAGGGAGGACCGGAUUGAGCUGGAACCAACGUGGGCGUAAAAGGGGAGGAUUUUGUCUCGGGUUCAACCCCCCCCCCCAAUCUCAAGAGAAAAUAGAAAGUCUGCGAACGCCAGGGCUUCACCCGCACCAUGGGCCUUGAGCUCUACCUGGACCUCCUGUCGCAGCCCUGCCGCGCUGUCUACCUCUUCGCCAAAAAAACCGGCAUUCCCUUCCAGCUGCACACCGUGAAUCUGUUCAAAGGGCAGCAUUUGACUGAGGAGUUUUCCCAAGUUAACAGCCUGCAGAAGGUGCCUGUCCUCAAAGACGGGGACUUCUUCCUGAGUGAAAGCUCAGCCAUCCUGAUUUACCUGAGUUGUAGGUGCCAGGUGGGAGACCACUGGUACCCCCCUGACCUGCAGUCCCGUGCCCGCAUCCAUGAGUACCUGGGCUGGCAUGCUGACAACAUCCGUGGCACCUUUGGUGUGACCCUGUGGGCCCGGAUUAUAGCCCCGCUCAUGGGGCUCCAGAUACCUGAGGAAGAGGUGGAACGCAAUAAGACCGGAAUGAGCCAGGCUCUGCAGCAGCUGGAAGACAAGUUCCUGAGGGACAAGGCCUUCCUCAUGGGCCAGGAGAUGACACUGGCCGAUCUCAUGUCACUGGAGGAGCUGAUGCAGCCAGUGAUUUUUGGCUAUGAUGUGUUUGAGGGACGGCCACGACUGGCAGCAUGGCGUGAGUGAGUGAAGGCUUUCCUGGGUGCUGAGCUGUGGCAGGAGACCCAUGCUCCCGCCUUGAACUUUUUGGAUCAGUGGACCAAAAAUACUCUCUUAAUGCUCCGUCCGGAGUCCUACCCAAGUUUCCUGCUUCGAAUUGCAAGGAUCCCCUGAGUGGUCCAACUGGUAAUAAAGAUUCAUCUGUUUUCAUCUGC